AUGACACUCACAAGCAACGAGAAACGUGCUCUGUCUAGGCAGCAAUGCCGGGAAGCUCUGGCAGCUCAUAUUCAUGAGCGAUUAGGUCUAACUGUCGCACCGAGUCGGGUCCGAUUACAGCCCUCUAUAGCAGACGGCUACGCAUGGUCGGUCUCGGAUUCUCAAAAACAUCUAUUAAGAACAAAUUUAAGCAAUAGGACGGUUAGCUUCUAUCAGGACAUACGUGAUGCACUUAGGUGUUCGAUAGAAGCCGUUAGUCCGCAGACAUUGCGAGAUUUUGACGCAGGCUCUGAGAUAAGCGCCGAGAUUAAGCGCCCGUCCCCACCGAAGCUUUCAAAGCCACCCGAGACAGAUUCUAGGGGUGGCUCUUUCACAGUCACUAUUCAACGACUGGAAAUCGCAAAUAAGGAACUUGCAGCCGAACUUAUACGUGCUAAAGCCUACUCGGAGGAUUUGCUCAAGGAAAAGCUGGAAUAG